AAAUUAAAAAAUUAACAUAAUUUUACUUAAAUAAUACAUUAGGUUUGUGUUUCGGUGUAAAACAUUUAAGCAUACGAUACAAAACGGAGUUAAUUAUAUUUAUAUUUAUUUUUUAUACAUAACUUUAACUUAAACAGAAUUCAAUUGUAAGCCUCUAACACGCUGAAUUUUUAAUCUAGAAAUCAAAUUACUUCCGCUAAAAAAACCAAUCAAAUCUUUGUGAAAACCAAACAAAAAACACCUCAAGAUUGUAAGAAAGUAACAGACUUAACAUAAGUGCACACGAGUCAGAUUAACUCCUUCAGAACUGCUUUUGUAAUUGUUUAUGAGCAUCACCAUGCGUCAAAAAGAUCUGCGCCCAGCCCCCGCUCUAAUUGAGUACAAGGGCAUGAAGUUCCUAAUCACCGAUCGACCAUCAGACAUAACAAUUAACCAUUACAUUACGGAGCUAAAAAAGAACAAUGUCAACACUGUGGUGCGUGUGUGCGAGCCCAGCUAUAAGACCGACGAGCUCGAGACACAAGGCAUUUCUGUCAAGGACCUGGCCUUUGAGGACGGCACCUUCCCGCCUCAACAAGUCGUUGAUGAGUGGUUUGAGGUCUUAAAGGAUAAAUACCAACAGAAUCCAGAGGCUUGCGUUGCCGUUCAUUGCGUGGCUGGUUUGGGACGAGCUCCUGUCCUGGUUGCCUUGGCACUGAUUGAAUUGGGCUUGAAAUAUGAGGCAGCAGUGGAAAUGAUUAGAGAUAAACGACGUGGCGCCAUCAAUGCCAAGCAGCUAUCCUUUUUGGAAAAAUACAAGCCAAAGGCGCGACUAAAGCACAAAAAUGGCCAUAAGAAUUCAUGUUCUGUGCAAUAGAUUUCCAAAACCAUAUGUAUAUUCCCACCAGAUAAAAAGUGUUCAUUUUUUCAAAAACAAAAAAAAGCAAGCGGAUAGGAAAGCAAGUAAAGAAAUAUGAAUUGAUAGGCAACAAAAUGAGAGAUGAGUACUACAGAGACCCCAAAAAUAUAUAGACAGAGAAAUUAAAUCCCAGCCCAGUAAUUAUUAAUUCCUCAAAUCUCAAAUUGAAAUGUAUUGGCAACAAUUGUGUAAUUUGUAUGUAAUAAUUAAUGUAAUUUAAUGUUAUUUUACCAUUUGAUUCAGUCACUCCUACACAAGUUAAAAAGAGUAUAAUUUUGUACCUAAAGCAUAUAAAAACAGACUUAUACGCAAAUACUUAAUUAUGAGCGACCCAUAUACCCCAUUAAAUGGUUGUAGAAGGCUCGUCGAGUAAAAAACAGUUGUUCUGGAGCAACCUAUUCUGAUAUAAAUAAAUCAAAUGUAAAACAGAAAAUCAGCAAACAAAAGGAAUUACUGCAAAAAUUAUUCAGAGAGCUAACUAGAAAAAGUGUAGGGUGAGGAAAAAAUAUCUACUUAACAGUCAUAAGCAAAAAUCACGGAACAAUGUACUUAAUCGUAUAUUAGUUUGGAUCUUAGCCCUGAAUAUCUGCUUUAUUUCUAUUUUACUGUUUUUCUUUUUUAUAUAAUGUGGGCACUUUAUAGCUAGCAACGAAGCAAAGCAUAUAUUGAUAUAUGUAGUUAUUUGAUUUUAAACUUUCAUUAUGAAAAAUAAAUUCAUUUACAUUAAAACUUUUUUAAUAUGCUAAAGACAUUGCUAAUUUGAACACUACAAUACCAAUCAGCCUCGCACAUAUAUGCAUAACUUCUUGUACAUAUAUGUGUGAAAUAUAUAUAAAUGUAUAAUAGCGCUACAAAGUUUUACAUUAAUGACUACAUACAUUCAAACUCAAUAAUUGCGAGCAGCAACCAAGUAAAUAACAAAUUUCUUCAAAACCAGCAGCGAUAAAAAAAAAAAAAAUUGAGAAAAUGAACAUGAAAAAAAAUUAAACCUUAUUGUAAACAACAAAUUAACAAAUUAUAGUGUGUGAGAAGAAGGCGAUGCAAAAGCACGAAGAAAAUACACAAGCCGAAAAUAAAAACAAAAAUAAUGCUUACAAAAUAAUUUAUCCAAAA